AUGGCUGUUAAGAAAUCAGCGGCCGUUUCCAAGGCCAAGAAUGCCAGCAAAGCCGUAUUGAAGGGCGGCAAGUUCACGCUGAAGAAGAAGAAGGUCAUGACAAGUGCCACCUUCAGGAGGCCCAAGACAAAGAUCACCCCCCGUAAACCCAAGUACGCCAGAAAGUCAGUGAACACCAUCAACACUGCCAAGUUGGACAAAUACAGCAUCAUCCAAAAUCCUCUGACCACCGAAUCAGCGAUGAAGAAGAUCGAAGACAACAACACGUUGGUCUUCCUGGUUAACACACGUGCUAACAAACCCCAGAUUAAAAUGGCCGUCAAACAGCUUUAUGACAUUGACGUCGCAAAAGUCAACACUCUUAUCAGGCCCGACGGACAGAAGAAAGCCUACGUGAGGUUAGCGCCGGAUUAUGAUGCCUUGGACAUUGCAAAUAAGAUCGGAAUCAUCUAA